AUGGAUAGUAUGCGCGUCGCUAAGAUGGGAACGUUCCAGGACCUAACGCAAAUUACGCCAAACGGAAAAAAUGCGACGAUGCUCAAGACUUUAUACCGUGCUGAUGAGAUGUCAACAAUCAAGUGCAAUUGUGGCGACGAACUUGACGGUUUGGGCACCAUUAAAUGCAGUUCAUGGUCAAACUUGGGCACCAAGUUUGAAACUGCUACUGGUGACAACAAGGUGCUGAUUCAGGACGAAGGAAAAUCCGAGGGGCAUUUGUCUUGGAGCGUGUGCUUAUCAUAUAUUGUUUCUUGUGGCACAAUAUCGGCGAUCGGGGGCGACUGCGCUCCUCUUUGCAACGCAAGUACCGUCUGUAUCGACGGACUUUUGGCUGACGAACUGGACGAGCAGCACUUCAAUUGGGGCGGCCUCUACUGCCAGUACGCUGGGCUUAGUGCAUCAAAACGACUUCAUCAUAAUUUGUUAUACCACAUGAUUAAGGGAACGAUGCGCUUCUUCGAUACAACGCCUGUCGGUCGUAUCCUCACUCGUUUUCCACACGACAUGAACGUUAUUGACCAAAAAAACUGA